GAGGGAGAGCUAUAGCGCAGGGUCGGCCUGAUGGGGGUAAUCGAGGGUUUCGGGGACGCCGAGUGGCGUUUUCCUCUUCCCAGUGAGUGAGGGAGGGCGAGCGGCGGCUCUCGUGCUCGGCCACUUUCCCCGGGCGAUUCCCGGAGCUCCCUGCAGGAGGUGAAAGUCCCGGCGGGUCCGGAUGGCGUAGUUGCGCCGCGGCGCAGCAGCUGCUGGAGCUCACCGCCGCCGAGAGCUGGGCGGGGAAACUUUCCUCCGCUUGCCUCCAACUUGCGGCGGCUGGAUCUCUGCGUGACACACCGCCUCCGAGGACUUCCAUCAUUUGACACAUUACAAGUUCGUUGUCUUUCUCCUCCAUGAGAAGGCAUUUUGAAAAUUGGAAAGAAGGAUUUUUAAGGCCACUUUGGAUUUGCAAAGACUACCUACGAUCUGAAGAACUGUUGGCUGAGGGUGACUAAAUGGGGCACACUUUUGGAGAAAUCAAAAUGGCUUGUUACUCUGUGAUUGCCAUGUUUGCCCUGAUGAGUUCCUGUGUAGCCACUGUAGAUCCGGAGCCUGGGACCCAGUGUGAGUUGUCGCCUGUCAACGCCUCCCAUCCUGUCCAGGCGUUAAUGGAGAGCUUCACUGUCUUGUCGGGGUGUGCCAGCCGAGGCACAAUGGGGCUGCCGCAGGAGGUGCACGUCCUGAACCUCCGUGCUGCUGACGCAGGGCCCGACCAGACUCAGAGAGAGGUCACUCUGCACCUAAAUCCCAUCUCCUCGGUCCACAUUCACCACAAGCCUAUCGUGUUCAUGCUCAACUCCCCACAGCCCCUGGUCUGGCAUCUGAAGACAGAGAGGCUGGCAGUUGGGGUCUCCAGACUUUUCUUGGUGUCUCAGGGUUCCAUGGUCCAGUUUUCAUCAGGAAACUUCUCCUUGUCAGCACAAACAGAAGAAAAGAGAUUCCCUUUUAGAAACGACCGUCUGUUAAAUUGGGCUCGAAAGGAGUACGGAGCAGUCACUUCAUUCACUGAACUCAAGAUAGCAAGAAACAUUUACAUUAAAGUGGGGGAAGAUCAAGUGUUCCCUCCCACAUGCAACAUCGGGAAGAAUUUUCUCUCGCUCAAUUACCUUGCUGAGUACCUUCAGCCCAAAGCAGCAGAGGGUUGUGUGAUAUCCAGCCAGCCCCAGGAUAAGGAAGUACACAUCAUUGAGUUAAUUACCCCCAGCUCUAACCCCUACAGUGCUUUCCAGGUGGAUAUAAUAAUUGACAUAAGACCCUCUCGAAAGGAUCUUGAGGUGGUUAGAAAUCUCAUCCUGAUCUUGAAGUGCAAAAAGUCUGUCAACUGGGUGAUCAAAUCUUUUGAUGUUAAGGGAAACCUGAAAGUUGUUGCUCCUAACAGUAUUGGCUUUGGGAAAGAGAGUGAAAGGUCCAUGAUAAUGACCAAAUCAGUAAGAGAUGAUAUUCCUUCAACACAAGAGAAUCUGUUCAAGUGGGCUUUGGACAAUGGCUUUAGUCCAGUAACAUCAUAUACAGUGGCUCCUGUGGCUAAUAGAUUCCAUCUUCGGCUUGAAAACAAUGAGGAAAUGAGAGAUGAGGAAGUCCAUACCAUCCCUCCUGAGCUACGGAUCCUGCUGGGCCCUGGCAGUCUGCCUGCCCUGGAGAACCCACCCAUCCGGGGAGGGGGAGGCCGAAAUGGAGGUUUCCCCUUUCCAUUCCCCAAUAUCGCCAGGAGAGACCAGACAGAAAGGGGAGAAGAUGGGACCGCCCAGCCAAGGGACCCUGUUGUCCCCAGCUUACGGCUGUUUCCUGGUCUCGAAGAGCCCAAGGAGGUGCAAGAGAAUGUGGAUAUUUCCCUGUCAGUCAAUUGUGACAAUGAAAAGAUGGUCGUAUCUGUAGAAAAAGAGUCUUUUCAGGCCAGCAACUACUCAGGGAUGGAGCUCACCCUGUUGGAUCCUACCUGCAAGGCCAAGAUGAAUGGAACCCACUUCAUUUUGGAGUCUCCCCUGAAUGGCUGUGGUACUUGGCACCGGCGAUCAGGCCCAGAUGGCGUGAUUUACUAUAACUCUAUUGUGAUGCAGAUUCCAUCGACUGGGGAUAGCAGCGGCUGGCUAGAUGGUUAUGAAGAUUUGGAGUCAGGUGAUCAUGGACUUCCAGGAGAUAUGGAUGAAGGAGACACUUCCUUCUUCAGCCGACCUGAAAUUGUGGUGUUUAAUUGCAGCCUGCAGAGAGUGAGGAAUCGCAGUAGCUUUCAGGACCCACUCCACAGGAACAUCACUUUCAACAUGGAGCUCUAUAACACUGACCUCUUUCUCGUGCCCUCUCAGGGGGUCUUCUCUGUGGCAGAGAACGGACACAUUUAUGUUGAGGUGUCUGUUACUAAGGCUGACAAAGAAUUGGGCUUUGCCAUCCAAACAUGCUUUAUCUCUCCAUAUUCAAACCCAGAUAGGAUGUCAGAUUACACCAUCAUUGAAAACAUUUGUCCUAAAGAUGAAUCUGUGAAAUUCUACGAUCCCAAGAGGGUGCACUUUCCUGUCCCACAAGCUGAGAUGGAUAAGAAGCGAUUCAGCUUUGUGUUUAAGCCCAUUUUCAACACCUCGCUGCUCUUUCUACAGUGUGAGCUCACACUGUGUACCAAGAAGGAAAAGGACCCCCAGAAGUUACCUAAGUGUGUGCCUCCAGAUGAAGCCUGUACCUCGCUGGACGCCUCAAUGAUCUGGGCCAUGAUGCAGACUAAGAAGACCUUCACCAAGCCCCUCGCUGUGAUCCACCAGCAAGAAGAAGUUAAAGAAACCAGUCUAAGCAUUAAGGAACCGAAUCCAGUUCCUCCACAGAUCUUCCAUGGUCUGGACACCCUCACCGUGAUGGGCAUCGCGUUUGCAGCGUUUGUGAUCGGAGCACUCCUGACGGGAGCCUUGUGGUACAUCUAUUCUCACACAGGGCAGACGGCGGGAAGGCAGCAGGUGCCCACCUCGGCGCCGGCCUCGGAGAACAGCAGCGCGGCGCACAGCAUCGGCAGCACGCAGAGCACGCCCUGCUCCAGCAGCAGCGCCGCCUAGCUCGCCGCCCGCGCGCUCACCGCGGUGCCCUUGCCAAGAGAGAGCGGAUUCCGAUAUACAGGCCACCUGUCGUAUUCCAACCCCGCCCCGGGCCCAUACAGAUGUGACCCCUGGGCCUCUGUAACACGCUAGAACUCCUGUGAGAAAGCCGAGGUGGCGGCCUUCUCCACCAGCCCCGCACGGGCUUGGGGGGUUUCAAUGUGAAACACAUGCCAGUUUUCAAAAUGCUGCUUUGUCCAGGUAAGACUGUCCAUAAUUUGGGGCCCUGAGAUUUACCCCGACUCAAGGAGUUGGUAAGAGGAUAAUAACCAGACAGUAGGACCAGUGAGGAGCUAUGGCCAAAGAGUCUCGUAUAACUGAACCGAGGUGUUUAACGAAAGAAAUACCGCAAGAUUUUCUCAGUGUGUUCCUCCAUGUCUAAUUUGCACCUUCUGGACGCACACUUCUCACUCUGCUGACACACCCUCUGGGGGCUGAUGUUGUCCGCUUGAUGGGUGCCGCCCUCAGGGACCGCAGCCUGACACACGUCACGGCCACAUUCCUUUCUCGUGCCCUGGGCCCAAACCAGCGCUGAUCACCUUAUCCGCUGCCCCGUCCCACACUCACGCACUGACUACAAAAAUGUCUUAGUGCAAAUUUUGUGUUUCUUCAUAAGCAUGUAGAAAUUGAAAAUGGCCAAAAUCUGGGACUGCAGAUUUGUGCCCAUUUAUGACACUGUAUUCUGAAAAAAAUUAUAAAUUGGGGCAAAUUUAGUUUUAAAGUUGGAAAGGAAUUUGCACAGCAGUAUAUAUACAAGUACAGGUCACCUGGCACAUUUGUUUUCUCCAUUGAAAAAGAAAACUCUGAAAAAAAAUGAAAAAGAAAAUUAUUUUUCAAAGGAAUUUUGAAAUUCCCUUCUUAAAAUACCCUGUGCCUUCAGAGUUGCAACCAAAGUGUAUUUGGGAGAAUUAGUGUUUCCACUCAAAACAUGUCAACCUUUUUAAUAGACCCUCUUGUGAAAACGAAGCUCUUGUUCGUGCAAAUGCACGGCACAUCCUGUCGGUUUCCGGUUGGUUACCUGAACAGUGUCACCGAUUCUGCCAAGAAAGUGCUGAGAUCUAGAAAAGGGCACUCAUGUGGACUGCUUUAGUUCUCUUGCCUUAAAUGUAUUCCAACCUCAAAAAAGGAUUUGAGAUGGAUUUCAUUAAAAUGGAAUAAUAUGAUGCCACUUUGCAGCUAAAAUAAGCUCAACUGAUUGUGUUAAAAGAGAAGGCCAAGGAAAGUUGCCAUGCCAAUUCAUUUACUACUGAGGAUAGAUUCAUUGCAAAGAAAUCUUCAUCUUGUUCCAGAAUUCUCCCCCAAAAGACUCCUAAUUGUACUGAAAGAACAGGCUAGCUUCUACCCCCAAAACAUUCAUAGACGAAUCUCACAGCCCUUAAAAUCAGGAAGUUAUGCCUCAUUCUCUGAAUGGAACCGUAAAUAGAAAAUGUUGAUAAUACUCAAGACCUGAGGACGGUGUCUAUCAGCCCACAAGUAGGUGGAGUUACUGAUAGUCAUUGAUAUGAUACUGAUCUGUCGUAUUAGCCACUGAUACAAAAGACCGUAUCACCCGAUCAUAGAAUAAUACUCUAAUUUGCUAAGUAUAUAUAUCCAACCUGUAUAAUAUUAACCAGACUUGAGGACUAAGAUUUCCAAGCUAUCUACAUUGGUUUAUUGAAAAUUUUUAGAUUUCCACAUACAAAUGAAGAUAAGAGAUUAGAGAAUUUAUUUCCUUCAGUUAACUUUUUAACAUAAGGGUAUCAGAGUGGAGGACCUAGAUUAUGCUACCUGUGUUUGAAAAUAAUGCGCUUUGCCUAACCUUCAGCAGAAUGUAUUGUUUUAGCAUAUUCUAUGUAUAAAAAAGUUUAAAGAUGUCUUCAAAGAAGACUAGAGUCUUUAAGUCACAUAUAGCUAUAUUUUACUACAAAAAUGUGUGUAUAAAGAUAUAUUUAAGUGUUUUAGAUAAAUUUAAAUUACUCCAUAUGAAACGUUUAAUUUCAGUUACUGUGAAUUCUUUUGAUCAGUUCUUUGCUGUUUAAAAAACUCUUUCCAUCCUGUUAAAAAUAAAAUCAGCUAUUAAGAGGUAUUAAAAGAUCCAAGUCUUUAGAUGGACAGGGUUAAAACUUUUUGUGAUGAUUAUAUUUAAAUGUAUAUUUUUGAAAGAGUUGCUGCAUUGCCAAUGAUUUUAUAAAUAAUUUAAAAUUAAUUUACAAAUUUAUGGAUGCAAACCAAAAGAUUUUAAAAGAAAGAGAAGGAUAAUCACCCUUUAAUUGUUUAGGUCUUACUAUCUGAAGUACUAUUCAGAUCAAGAAAUCUGUUGAUAAUAAACCUGAUCCCAUGUUCAUUGGAGAGUGAACGUCAUUAAUUAGUUCAGAAAUGUCUCUAAAAAAUGUUUCUUAAAAAAAGUGUUCUCUCCCCAGCUUCAUAUUAUAGCAUUUCUAAUCACUCCAUACUUCACAGUUUCAAUACAAAGUACAAGCUCUAGUUUAUAACACGUUCUGCAAGUUUCUUUAAAACUGUUGUUAUAUUCCAGUUAAAUGCUUCUGUCUACAAAGUCUUUUGUUACUUCUGCCGGCUACACUCUAAUUCACAGAGACCAUUUUGUUUUGUUUGUUUGAUCAAGCCAAAGCUAUUGUUGAAAUGCUCCAAGUUUGCACGGCAGAGUGUCUGUGGGAUACCUUAUAACUUUUCACCGUGUGGCGUUCACCAGCAGUUCCUCUGUUAUUUCUAAAGUCAGAGGUGUCUUCUCUGAGCUGCUUCUAUAUCAUUGUCUACACAAACAAACAAAAAUGGUCUUUUCCUUGUCUGUGAUAAGAUUGUAAACCCAUUUUCUGUGUGUGUUCUGUGGUGAGCGUGAUUGUGUGUGGGGGCGCGCACAUGCGUGCUGGUCAUUUCGUACAGUAACUACCUCAUGGUGUGAGUGAUGGUUGUACUGCCGGUUGUGGUAACAGAGCACAUUUGGUUGGGCAAAUUGUGUGUGUGUGACCUUUCUCCUGUUUGUGUUAUCUGGGGGGGGGUUGUUCAUGAAACUGACAGAUGUUUUUCUUAAAAGGACUAUUACCAAUUUCCAAAUACAGUGCUUCUCUUUUCUGGUUUUUCCUGAGUGAGCCUGAUUUUGUUGCUGUUUUUCAUCUAUCAGGGUAAAAAGAGUGCCCUUAAAAUCCCUGUGGCCAGUUUGAACACCCCUGUUGUAUUCUUUUCUCUGUUCAAUGUGUUGGCAGUUUUAUGAACAUGCUUAGAUGUAUAGUUUUGAUAACCACAGUUUUAAGUCCUUUAUCUGUGCAUAAUAAAGAAGAUAUAUAUCAACUUA